AUGUACAUACACAGAAAUACACAUGCACAGACACAUGUACAUACACACAGACACAUGUACACACAGACACAUGUACGUACAUACACACAUGUACAUACACACGCAUACAGACACAUGUACACACACACAGACACAUGUACACACAUACAUGUACAUACCCGCAGACACAUGUACAGAUGUACAUGCUUACACAGACACACACAAACACACACACACAUAUAUACACACCCCCCCCAUAAAAAGUUGCAAUACUUCGUUGUUCACUCACAGAUCCAGGUACUGCACUCUAGGGGGAGGCAGAGAGCACAGCACACACUCCUUGCUUUGCUUUCACUGCGCUCAGCUAUUGAGCAGUCUGACGGCUCCCAGUGCCAAUGACAGAUCUGGCCUGAGCUCCGAGCCUGCUCAGCAAGACGGCCCUGGGGGACACACUCACGCCCACCAUAAUUUCCACUCACCAUUGACUAGCUGGCGAGUGAAAAUUUCAAGCCUUGGACUAAUAUUCAUGUCU